GAACAGUGACCAAGAACAAUUUCCACGUUAGUGUUUUAUUGUUGUUAUUUCGAUGUUAAAAAAUGACUAAUUUAACUGCACAGCAUCACAUACUUACCCCAUAUAGUGUUUAAUUCGCGUUGGAGACAGGAAUUGGUUGAUAGACGUUAUUUAGCAGCUAACAAUGGCAACCUGUGUGGUUUUUCACACUCAAAUAGCCUCCAUCAUGGAGGUGCUGGCGAAUGCAGCCGUGGCAGAGAUCUGUAAACUCGUAGACGACGACUAUGCAGUGUUUCGUUUAGAAAUAACUCAAAGCCAGAAAGAAAACAGGGCUUUACGAAGGAAACUACUGGAAAUGAAGGUGGCACGGGAGCGCACAGAGAGGACAACGCGAGAGCGCGUCCUCGCCAGUCGUCCCAGUAGUGUCAAGAUCCUCGACCGAUACAGAGGAAUGACAAGAGGUGAAGGACAUCUAACUGGAGGCCACAGGAGCUUUGUGAAGCCAGUGGGACACAAUACAUGGAGAGAUGACCAACCAAUCACUGUUGAUGAGGGGAGUGGAACCUCAAUCCAGCAUGUUGUCGUUAUAGAGGCUGCAGAUGCAGAGACUGCUGGUCUUGGAGUCAAGCAGGAGAGGUCUGAAGAAGAGGAGAACCAACGGCACAGCAGAGACGUCCAGACUGGAGCGCCCUCUUUAGCCACGGCAAACCCCACCGCCACCACGCAGCCCAGUACCAGAUGCAGCGUCACAGAGGUCAGUGGAACGCUGAACGGCAUCCGCAAGUCAGAGACCGACACAGAGACUUUAACCGUAACACAGAGACCAGAGAGCCCAGAGAGACUGGGGCUUGGACCUCUGGGCUGUCAUCCUGCUCUCGGCUCAGAGUAUUUACUUUACGGUAACCCAAGCCUGAGGACAGUUCAUUCCCAUCGAGACGCAGGUGACGUGUUAGAAACUGGCAAUGAUCCGUCUUGUUCUUACUCUACAAAGAUGGACCCUGGCAACAUUCCCUUGGAUUUAGAGACACAGACUGAUCUGUCUAGAGGGGACUGGAACCAGUACAGUAGUAGUGUAUACUCUGAAGGGUGCCUAGAUAAGAAAGGGGAGGUUAUAGUGGUAGAUGAGGUGAAAGUGGAGGGCGACGUUCCUCCCACAUGGAAUGCAGAUACUCACUUAGGAAAUGGACUCUCACAGGGCAGAGAUUUCUUAGAUUACAGGGAAAGCUUAGAGACUAAUCCAAAUGUCGCAACCCACUCCCCUUUAAACGACCUCACGGAUCGCAACCCAGUGUCCACGUCGAUGCGGCCUUCCGAUUCACACAGCCGCGUCCUUUUCGAUCAGGUAUUGAACUCAAACGACAGGGCUAGAGCCCAGGCUCAGGGAAGGGGAGCAACAUCAGGCAAUAGUAAAGAGAAACGGUUCCUCUGCAUGUUCUGUAACAAAGGCUUCAGCUGCCCCCAGAAGGUGGAGAUCCACCAGAGGGUCCACACAGGGGAGAAACCCUUCAGCUGUACCCAAUGUCACAUGCGCUUUGCUGAGGCUGGCAACCUGAAGCGGCACCAGAGGGUCCACACAGGGGUGAAACCCUUCAGCUGUACUGAGUGUCAUAUGCGCUUCGCCCAGGCUGGUGACCUGAAGAGGCACCAAAGGGUCCACACGGGAGAAAGGCCAUUCGCCUGUAAUCACUGCGUGAAGAGGUUCUCUGAGAGGAGAUACCUAAGGAUACACCAGCAGAAAAUGCAUUCCACUCUUUAACAUAAAAGUUACAAUUCCACUCGAUAGCUACCUGGCUAGCUAAGUAAACAACAGCAGGAAUAAUCUAGCUAGCUGUAAAGUUUACAAGUAUCCCCACUAGCUGGCUACUAGACGACCAAUAUAACAUUUGGGCCUAAAGCUUUUUGUUGGGACCCAAGGCAAGCAACUCUUGCCUGUAUCAGUAUUGGACACUAGCUAUAAUGUGGACCAAUACUUUUAUAGCAAUAUAGCUACCUACUAAUGUAAUGGCCCAAUGUAUUGCACAUUGUUUUGAUAAACCGGUUAGAAUAAGGCUGUCAAAUCUAUACCAAAUGCAUUGCCUAUCAAUUAGGGCUGGGCGAUAUAUCGAAUUCAUUUGAUUAAUUCGACUUCAUGUUUUUGUGCGAUAUUCCAAAUGCCUGUAUCGCAUUUGGAAUAUUGCAUUUUUUGUGUUUUUCUGAGCGUUUAUGUCCCCUUGUUCUCAUGUUGUCUUUUUGGUUUCGUUCCUUCCUUCUGUGCUGUGCACCUUCCCAUUUACAUCAGAGAUCGGUAUAUAACGACGAUAUGCUCAUGUCUCCCUGCCCUAACAAUGGGGGGGAGGGAGUCGCCCCAAAGGCAGAACGGCAUUGGGCUUAUUUUGGAUAGAUUAUGACGAGAGUGAAACCUCUCGCUUUGUCUCUAUCUCCCAAGCCCCUCCCCCUAUCACUCACAACAAUAAAGAUGAGAGAUCACUUCUUCCUCUCUGACAAACGGUUUCAACUCGCUAUUUUGCAUUUGAGGUUUGGUCCAACAGAAAUCGGUCAUAUGGACACCGAAACACAUGGAGACAUUAUUUUACUGUUAUAGAGGAGAAGGUAACCUUUCGAACCAUACCAGACACUGCUAAAAACGGAUGUACCAAUGAACAUUCAUUCUGGGUAAUGUAUGCUCAGUUUGUCAUGCGCAUAUUACGGUACCACGUAUCGCUAGCAGCAUUUUUGUCAAAUAAAGAUUGUUUUACUAGCUGUUUAGUCUGUGUUUUCUGGAUGUGGAAUAAGCAUAAAACAAUUUAUAUAAGGAAUUGGCAACUUGUCAUUCUGAGAAAUAAGGUAGGCCACUUGACCUCAACAUCUGAACAAGGUGGACAGACUGUUCAAACAGUUGGAGACGGACAGAAGGGUGUGUUCAUAACAAUCCCAACUGUUUUGCCUUGUUAGCUGAAUUCAGAGCAUGUGAAAUUAUACCUAGAUCCAAGUUGGCUAAACUUGAAAUAUAAAUAGUAGCUGGCUACUCACUAGCACGUGGGCUUGUGCUAGAGAGCUUGUUUGAGACCGGUGUUCAUUUUCUACAAUACCUGCUACAUUAUUAGUGAAUUUGCAUCAUGCUGUGUUAAAUAUGUAACAAAAGGGCAUUUUCAUAGACAGACUUGAAGCCAGAUAAGUGAUUAUUGCGAAAAAUCUGAUUAAACUAUUUUGAUAAAAUAAUGAAAAGUAUUAGUGGUUCUUAUGAUUGUGGAAGGCUUAUAUUCAGCCUAGGUAUAACACCACACGCUCUGAAUUCAAUAGAUUAUUGCAGACUGUUUUAAAUGAAGUGUAUUUGACCUU